UGGGGGAGGGAGAAGAAAAGCAAAUGGCCGCCGAGUGAGAACCUCACGGGAAACAGAAAGUGUCCCGUGAACCUGGCAACAACGGUGUAAUUUUCUAGUGGUUAAUGCCCGAGAAACGAAUUAUAGACGAUCCAAUGGUGAGUGACAUUGGCAAGCAUGGCGUCAGACUCUGGAGUGACCAAUCCCAGCUGUCGGAUAAUGACUUUUUAUCCUACGAUGGAAGAGUUCAAAAAUUUCAGUCGCUACAUUGCAUAUAUAGAGUCACAAGGAGCCCACCGUGCUGGGCUUGCAAAGGUUGUUCCACCUAAAGAAUGGAAGCCUUGUAAAAGUUAUGAUGAAAUUGAUGAUCUGGUGAUUCCAGCCCCAAUUCAACAGGUUGUGACAGGCCAGUCAGGCUUGUUCACACAAUACAACAUCCAGAAGAAGCCCAUCACUGUACGCGAGUUCCGAAAAAUUGCUAACAGUGAUAAAUACUGCACCCCUCGCUAUUCAGACUUUGAUGAUCUGGAGCGCAAGUAUUGGAAAAAUCUCACAUUUAACGCACCAAUCUAUGGUGCAGAUGUCAAUGGUACAUUGUAUGAUGAGGGUGUGACUGAAUGGAACAUUGGACAUUUGAACACAAUCCUGGAUGUGGUAGAAAAAGAGAGUGGUAUCACAAUUGAAGGUGUCAAUACACCAUACCUCUAUUUUGGAAUGUGGAAAACCACCUUUGCUUGGCACACAGAGGACAUGGACCUCUACAGCAUUAACUACCUGCACUUUGGUGAACCCAAAUCUUGGUACACUGUUCCACCAGAGCAUGGAAAACGAUUGGAACGUCUAGCUAAAGGGUUUUUCCCAGGUAGCGCUCAAAGCUGUGAAGCAUUUCUGCGGCAUAAGAUGACCUUAAUUUCCCCUUCAAUUCUCAAGAAAUACGGAAUCCCAUUUGAUAGGAUAACUCAAGAGGCAGGGGAGUUUAUGAUCACAUUUCCCUAUGGGUAUCACGCUGGAUUUAAUCAUGGUUUUAACUGUGCUGAAUCAACAAACUUUGCCACAUUAAGAUGGAUAGAGUACGGAAAACAUGCUGUCCUGUGCUCGUGCCGGAAGGAUAUGGUAAAAAUUUCGAUGGAUGUUUUUGUGCGCAAGUUUCAGCCUGAACGUUACAAGUUGUGGAAAGUAGGAAAAGAUACAAUUUUCAUUGACCACACACGAGCCACUCCAGAAGCAGUUGAAUUUCUUAGUGGAGAAUUAAACUCUGUAUCCGCGAAGAAUUUGAAGGACCAGGAUGCUGAUACUGCUGAAAUGGAAUUGGAUGACAAACUUGAAAAAGAAGUAUCCACCCAACAAGAUGAUGGUGAUGAAAUAAAAAGUCCAAUACAGCACCGUAUUGGAGCAAAAAGGCACAAAGUUUGUCUUGAGCUGCCACAAGAAGUGAGUGAAAAUACUGCCAUCCUGCAAGAAUGUGAAGAGAGUAAUCCUGUUCCACUAAGUGAGUCUGGAGACUCUAAGAGAAUAAUGAGAAAAGAUGAGGAAUAUAGUAAAGUGGCAAGUGACAGUGCUGUUCAAGAAUCAACUCCAGCACAAGUUGAACCACACGUUGAAAAUCUUCCACGAGAAGAGAAACUUACAUUGAAGCGAACCAUGUCCAGCUCUGUAGACACACCUGUUACUGUGUUGAACUUCUCUGUGGCCAGUCCAUCCCAAAAUACUCCUAGUCCACUUGUGAAAUCAUUUGAAUCCAGCUCAUCUGAUUCAGAGAUGACAAGCACUCAAAGUUCAAGCCAAGAGAGUGCUUCAGAGGACUCUGAUAAUAGCCCAGAAUGGAAUGAGCCAGUUAAAACAAAUGUUGGAACAAGCCUCAAUGAACAGGAUCUUGCAGAGAUGGCUGAGCAGUAUAUGAAAGAAAUGAAAUCCAAGAAGAAAGCUAAGAGCCGGCGUCAGCCCCUUAGUAAACCACCACGACAUCAUCCACUUUCUGUGGUAAAAGACUACAUUAGCGAUGAAGAGAUGCCAGACUUGUUGUCAGUAGAAGAUGACCCUAUGGAGUCAGAGCCAUGGGCAAAGCCGCUUGCUCAUCUGUGGCAAAACCGGCCCCAGAACUUCCUUGCAGAACGAGAAUACAACUGCAUAAUAGCACAGCAGAUGCCUUACUGUUCAAUUUGUGCACUCUUCCAGUCAUACCAGGUAGAUUGUGAAGAUGGUCAGGGUUCUAGAAGUAAAAGCCAAUCGUUGGAUCUGAGCAAACCCAGAAACCAAUUGAAAAGCAAGCCAUUGGUUCCAGAGAUGUGCUUCACAUCUGGAAGUGACCAUGUCGACCUAACUCUUCCCACUUCUUAUGUGGAUGAAGAUGGAAUGAGCAUUCUUGUAACAUGUGCAAAGUGCUGUGUAUGUGUUCAUGCAAGCUGCUAUGGAGUUGCUCCUGAAAAAGCAACUGAUGACUGGAUCUGUGCAAGGUGUGCAGCUAAUGCUUUGGCAGCAGAUUGUUGUCUAUGUACCCUUCGGGGAGGAGCACUUCAGAAAACCACUGAUAACAGGUGGGUACAUCUGCUGUGUGCUGUUGCAGUGCAAGAGGUACGGUUUGUGAAUGUUGCAGAACGCAGUCCUGUGGAUGUCAGUCCAAUACCGCCACUACGCUGGAAGCUGAAGUGCUUCUACUGUAAGAAACGAAUGAAGAAGACUGGUGGUUGCUGUGUGCAAUGCUCGCAUGGCCGUUGUCCCACAUCCUUUCAUGCGACCUGCGCCCAAGCUGCUGGUGUGAUCAUGCAGCCUGAUGAUUGGCCAUUUGUAGUCUUUAUCACUUGUUGCAGGCACAAAACCCCCAAUCAAGCAGAGCGUGCCAAAUUAGCUUUGAAUGAUAUUGAAAUUGGGCAAAAAGUCAUCUCAAAGCACAAGAAUGGACGCUUUUACCAGUGUGAGGUGGUAGGAUUGACUAAAGAAACAUUCUAUGAAGUGAAUUUUGAUGAUGGAUCCUUCAGUGACAACUUGUAUCCAGAGGAUAUUGUGAGCCGGGACUGCCUUGGUUUGGGACCCCCUGCAGGGGGGGAGGUUGUACAAGUGAGAUGGACUGAUGGUCUGGUUUAUGGGGCCCAAUUUGUAGCAUCGCAUGUUAUACAGCUCUAUCAGGUUGAAUUUGAAGAUGCAUCUCAACUAAUGGUGAAGAGAGAGGAUGUGUACACUCUUAAUGAGGAACUCCCCAAAAAAGUAAAGUCCAGGCUGUCUGUCGCAUCUGACAUGCGAUUCACUGGAAUUUUUGCAGAAGAAGAUGUUGCUCCAGUGACAAAGCGACAGCGAGUUCUGAACUCCAGAUAUCGUGGGGACUAUGUUGAGCCAUCUCUCUACCGUGCAAUUAUGGAAUAAAGUUGCUAUGAUUACAGAAACUGUUCAGAACAUGACCUAUGGAAGCCAUUGUGACAGAUGUUGGUUUUCAUAUCUGGUUGUAUUGUAGAUACGUCAAAGCAGUUGAGGUGCAGCUGAAUUCUAAUCCAUUUUGGUGGCAAAACUACCAAGGGUACCUCGUUAUUCGCAACACUCCCAUUGAACUUGAAUAUUGAAUAUCAUGGGAUUCAGCAAAGCUGUUUUCAGGUGUUUUUUGCUCUGGAGUCUUGCAUUUUUAAACCGCAAAUAAUCAGGAUCAAGGAAUGCCUUUAAUGGAGUCUUCAGUGGGCUAGAAAUAGGACUGCGAAAAAAGUCUUUCGGUUCGAUUUCAACACUAACAUCCAUGUUCAGAAUAAAAAAUGCAUUUACAUUUUUAAUACACUUUAAUACUGCUGAUCCCUGUUUGGUAAAUGUCAUUAACAUCUACAUUCAACUACCAGUUAAAACCUAUCGCAUACCUGGUCUGUUGAACAUAAAAGUACUAACUUUGAAGAUUGAUUGACGCAUGGCUGUUUAACCAUAGGCAUAGAAGCAUUCCCUCUGUAUAUAGGCUGUGAAGUUCUGGAAAUUGUGAAUGGGUUUUCACCAUAUCCAGUCAUUAGCCCAAAACUAGGGCCCUCACUGGUGCUUGAGUUAAAACUCUUACCUGUAUUUAUAGGGGAAGUCUUAACCAUAUAGGUUGGCUGAUAUGAUUAGACACAAGGUUUUUAAAAGUUUCACCCCCAUACCUCAAAUAUAGCGGUUUAUUCAGUGUUCAUAACAGAAAUAAACAGAAAAUUGAUAUUGACUGGUAAGUGUUAAUGAUAAAGUGGCAAAUGAUUUAUGAAUGACCCUCCCAAACCAAAAUUCCGGCUGCCCAAAUUGCUCUUAAGAUGUCCCCAUCUUUGUGAACCUCAUGUACUGAUAGACUUGCGUGCUGUUUUUACUUGUGUCACAAAUUAUAUUUGUUUAUUCAAUGAAUUAUUAAAUUUUAUUCCAAUAUUCUUGCAAACUCAAUUGCAGUGUAAAAUGCUCCUUUCAGUUACUUUAUUGGUUUAGUGUAGACUGUAGAAACAGACAUUGGACAAAUGCCACAAAUUUACUCUUUUUUUUUAUAUUGAAACCAUGGUGUAUGUUCCAUUUGGGCCAAAUACAAAGUUGUAUGCAAAUAUUAAUAGCCAUGGUAGCUGGUUUAAUGGAAUGGCCCUUUUUGAAGUUUACUCUGAUAUUUAUUGGGUUGUAUCAGUGCCAUCUGCUGUUGAGUGAGAGAGUUGGUAGAACAGUAGAACCGAACAGGUUGUUAUCUUAAAAAUUUAACUAAUAGACCUAGAAAAUCCAGUUGUUCAGUGACUGCAUUGUAUGUUUUCUUAAAAGUCUCAUUGCAUCUAAGUUAAUCAGUACGACUCUUUGUUCAGUCUGUGCUACUUCUAUUUAAAAGAAGAAAUGUAAGUGAAUUUGAAAACUAUUUUGAAACUGUGAACAAAAAAGUUUAAUUAACCGGAAAAGAAAAUGAAAUGCUAGUAUGAAAUAUAUAAUUGGCAGCCAUAAUUCAAUACUUACUUUCGCUUCUUUUAAAAAAAAAAAGCAAACUUAAAACUUUCUAAACUAUUUUUAUUCACCUUGGUUCUUUUUAAGUUAUUAGUAGCAUCCCCAUUUUAACCCAUCACCUUUGAUCCCACAUUUCAGAAGAAUUAUUCUUCCAAAAAUGACAUGACUCCACUCUAAGAGCAGAAUACUGUAGAUGCCAGUGAUCUAAAACAAAAUAGUGUUUGCUGCCUGGCAGCAAGAGUUUCUCCAGCAUUUUCUGUUUUUAUUUCAUACUUCCAGCAUCCACAGUAUUCUGAUUUUAUUUGUAGAUCUAGUUAUAUCCAGAACCUUGUAUUUUCUGUUGUAGUUUGCAAAUAUGGUCACAGUGAUGGCAAAUAUUGCUUUCCUAAUAUUGAUGUGGAUACAAGAAACAUAUCUGAUAUUUGCUUGUGUACUUUCUAUUUCAGCACUUUCUUAAAUUGUUGUUCAACCCCUCUUUAAAUGAUCAGUCUCCUUAAUGACGCUCUCUUAAGUGAAGGAGUCCUACAUCUCUCUAUCACUUGAUGUUCUGCUACGAUGGAAGACAGCUGGUGCAACCUAUUAUAAAUUGUGAUCUUUUUGAAAGAUGAGUAAUUUCUCAAUAAAUUUAACAGCUGUUCAUACGUUUUGAAAACUAUUGGCUCUUUGAGUUUAAUGUUACUUCACAAGUUUGCUUUCUAUUGCAUCUCCCCUAUUUUGAAAAAAACCAUCUUAAAACUUCUUGUGGAAUGAUUUUUGCAUUCCCCAUAUACCCCCAAUCCCAUCCCCCAUUUCUCUUCUUUAAACAUGUUUUAAAUCAUUGUGUCUAAUCUGAGGCCUACAGUCUACACUACAACCACCUCAGGAGUCUGUACAGUAAUUGAUUGUAUUGAUCUAUGAAAAUGACUGUGUAUUAGUUCAAACAACCAUGAAGUUUAAAUGGCUUGCUGUGAUUGUUUAGGAAAAUAAGACACCUUGAAAUGAUUUGCAGUUAAUAAAUGUUUUUUGUCUUUGA